AUGCCUCUGCAAGACAAGCUUCGCCUGGUUCAAGAUGAUGGCUUCCGCUUGAUCCUUACGCUCAGCUUUCUGUGGAUUCUAGCCAAGCUCCUGUACGCAUUUACUCUAUCGCCCCUCCGAUCUAUUCCUGGGCCAAAAGUCGCGAGAAUCACGGCCUUGAGGGCCAUUCGCAAUCGGUUGCCCAAAAAUGUCAUCCGCUAUGCCCUCGACGACUUUCACACCUACGGGGACAUUUACAUUUCCAAGCCCGACACCAUCACCCUCAGCAAUCCAGCCCAUGCUCGCGCUGUCCUUGGCGCCCUGGACUCUCGCAAGAUGGACAUCUACAAGAGCCUCAGCGACCCCGUGAUGAAAAAUCUUGUCACGUUCAGCGAGCCUCGUCUGGCCAGCCAGCGCCGCAGGCAGAUUGGCCCCUACCUCAACAGUCCCAGCUACCUCGCGAGAAUGGAGCAAGUAGUCCUACAGUACGGCGCCGUCUCGAUGAUGCACAAGUGGAAUGAGCAGCUAGACUCAGCAGCGUCAGGCGACAAAGAUAGGGACAAGGAUACGAGGACAAUAGAAUUGAAUUACCGCAAUGACACGCAGCUGGCGACCUUCAACAUCAUGAGCGCCCUGGCGUUUGGGCGCGUCGACAAAGCCACCUCGGACAGCAGCACCGUGGUUGACUGGAUCGCCGCCACGGCCGUGUACAUUGGCAUCAGCAUCAACUUCCGGAUCCUGCUGCGCUUUCCACUAUCCCUGCUGGUGCGGCCGUGGCUGCGCAAAUACGACGACUUUGUCGGAUACGCGCGCGAGUCGGUGCGGCAGCGCAAAGAGCUGCUCGACGAGAACCCAGACGACAAGACGCCUGCCGACAUGCUCCAGGCCUUCAUCGACGCCGAGGACCCGGACUCGAAGAUUAAAAUGAGCCCGCUCGAGGUCCAGGCCGAAAGCGUGGGAAUGCAGCUGGCCGGGAGCGAGACAACGUCGGCGUCGCUGACGUGGGUGUUCCAUCUCCUCACGCUGUAUCCAGACGUGCUCGACCGAGCCGUCGGCCAAGUGCGCUCGCGGUUCGGCGCCGACCACCUCAUAUCGUAUACCGAUUGCAAACAGCACUUGCCGUAUCUCGAGGCUCUUGUGUACGAGACGUUUCGUUUUGCGCCCAUCACGUCGGGUUUCAUGCCUCGCAUGUGCAGCAAGGACAUGUCCUUCCAGGGCUACCGUGUGCCGGCGGGAACGCACAUCGCCUUCAACCUCAUGGCCAUGAACAACCACCCAGACGUGUGGGAUCAGCCGGAUCGUUUCUGGCCCGAGCGAUUUUUGGGAAACGAAGAUGCCAAGCGGAAUAUUUUUGCCUUUUCGUACGGGCCGAGGAGCUGUAUUGGAAGGAACUUGGCCUGGAUGGAAAUUAUGACGAUUCUCGCCAACGUGCUGAAUACGUUUGAUAUCCGCCUACCAGAGGAUGCCAUGUACGGUCCGCACAAUGUGGAUGGAAACGGUACGCCCGUCAUGAUGCCCUCGCAUUGUCACAUUGUGUUUGCGCCGCAGCGGCCGGACAGGGAUUGCAGGUUGCUGGUGUCGAGGAGACCGACGCCGAGGAAAGCAUGA